AUGUCCAUCAGCCGUCCCAAGUCGGAACAGCCGGCGGUAGGCGCUACCUUCUGGCGAUGCAGUGAGACAAUAUCUCGAAAAACGUGGAACAACCAGAUCUUGUCCUUGCUUUGGAGCGAACCCGAAAUGCUCACCGAGGACCGGCAAACCACGUUUAUCAGAGCCACAAGGUCUAAAAUGGUCAGCCAGACCAAGGAUUCGAAUCGGCGGGACGGACGCGAGGAGACGGAGGGGGGUUAG